GAGGAGAUCAAGAACCACAUGUUCUUCUCCCCCAUCAACUGGGAUGACCUGACCACUAAGAAGCUCACCCCCCCUUUCAAUCCAAACGUGACGGGCCCUAACGACCUUCGCCACUUUGACACGGAGUUCACAGACGAACCCGUCCCCUCAUCCAUUGGCUGUUCCCCUGACUCCUCCCUCAUCACUGCUAGCAUCAAGGAGGCAGCCGAGGCCUUCCUAGGGUUCAGCUACGCUCCUUCCAUGGACUCAUACCUGUAGGCCAGAACCCUAGAGGGCAUCCUAUAGACUCAUGAUAGACCAGAACCAUAGAGGGCAUCCUAUAGACUCAUGAUAGGCCAGAACCCUAGAGGGCAUCCUAUAGACUCAUGAUAGACCAGAACCAUAGAGGGCAUCCUAUAGACUCAUGAUAGACCAGAACCAUAGAGGGCAUCCUAUAGACUCAUGAUAGACCAGAACCCCAGAGGGCAUCCUAUAGACUCAUGAUAGACCAGAACCAUAGACUCCUAUAAACUCAUGAUAGACCAGAACCAUAGACUCAUGAUAGACCAGAACCCCAGAGGGCAUCCUAUAGACUCAUAAUAGACCAGAACCAUAGACUCCUAUAGACUCAUGAUAGACCAGAACCAUAGACUCCUAUAGACUCAUGAUAGACCAGAACCAUAGACUCCUAUAGACUCAUGAUAGACCAGAACCAUAGACUCCUAUAGACUCAUGAUAGACCAGAACCAUAGACUCCUAUAGACUCAUGAUAGACCAGAACCAUAGACUCCUAUAGACUCCCAUUGACUGCUAUAGACUCCUGGCUAUAAACCUCCAUGAAUUAUUACCUAUGGGAUACAUCAUAGACAUUCCUAUGAAUUGACUAACUAACUAGGACGGACUCCCCAUGUCAGGGAGGUACACACCUGUAGUCCCCCCCCCAUCCCUCCGUCAGACUCACUACACACAACCUCUUCCCUCUCCAUGAUGGACUUGUACCCCCCUCAGACCCCACCCAAAUCCUAACCCAGAGUGGAGGUUAUUUUACACAUGUCUCAGGCAGCUUUACGCCCCCCCCCCCCCCCCCCCCCCCCCCCCCCCUUUCCUCCUCCCGACACCCCUCUCUCUCCAUCACACUCGUCCAUUCUGACUCGUCCUGUCUCCCACUGAUGGCUCAUGGCUGUGGGUGGAUCUCUAUGGGUCUGUCCCAAAUGGCACCAUGUUCCGUAGUGAACCACUUGUGACAUCCUCACGGGUUAAAUCCAUUGCCACGGCAAUGACACACGAUUGGUUUGUUUGUCUUUGUCAGUGAGAAUGGAUUGGUUGUGUGGUGGUCAGUGGGAGGUGCACCGCCAUAAGAGACUGCACAGGAUUGGUUGUCUGGAGGUUGGUGAGAGUGACGGCACAGGAUUAGGUUCUCUUGUAGUCAGUGGGAGUGUCUGAAUGAGGCAGUAUCACACUGUUGUCCCUGAUUGGUUGGUCUGUCAUGACAUGACCUGCUCACGGAUUCUGACACUGAAACGUCUCGACAGGUUCUGUUAUCUCUUCACCCUGGAUCACGUCGACUGAAACGGGACUUAGAGGAUGAUUCAGUUAUUCAUUUAAUGAUGAUUGGUUAAUUGAUUGAUUGAUUGGUGAGGAAGAAAGCGAAGCUGCUAGUAUCUACGGUUCUGUAUCACGGUUCUGUUUUAAAGAACCUGGACCGAUGCAAAGAGGACAUGGAUCGCAUCCCAAAUGGCACCCUAUUUGCCAUAUAUAGUGCACUACUUUUGCCCAGGGCUCUGUCACUUUGGGAUACAGAUGUGAUGGACAGAAUGCUUUGUGGUGUUGAGAUCCGUCCGGUCCCCUACUCCCUACUCCCUACUCCCUACUCCCUACCCCCUACUCCCUACCCCCUACCCCCUACUCCCUACCCCCUACUCCCUACUCCCUACCCCCUACUCCCUACCCCCUACCCCCUACUCCCUACCCCCUACCCCCUACUCUCUACCCCCUACUCCCUACUCCCUACCCCCUACACCCUACCCCCUACUCCCUACUCCCUAGUCUUCCCGUCUCCUCUUGAUGAUGUAACAAUGCUCCAACGUCGUCUGAACUCAACAUUCCAUUUUAAUAUUGCUGUAUGUGACGGUUAAACGCUAUAUUUAAGUUUGUUUGUAUAUGUGGAGUCUAUUUGUGUACUAGUUUUAAUAUAUAUGUGACAGGAAACUAAAAGUAUGUUUAAAUAAUGUAUUUUAACCAUUCAUGUUAAAUGUACUGUAUAUUGUUCAGAUUUGUUCUUUGAUGUCACCAUGUUCAGUCUGCAAUAAAAAGUCUGCUGUUGUUA